GCCCUGUCGGGGCACCAGAGUACGGGGACAUCUUCUGCUUCACCGACGCUCACGGCAAAGACGGCAUACUCAUGGAGUCCCUGAUUUCUCUUGCUCUGACCCGCAACAAUAAGGUAACCACCAUCCUUAGCGACCUAUUGGGUAAGGAAGGCUCUGAAGGGGACAUUAUCACAGGCGUCAAAGAAUAUCAAAGGUUAGCUGAUUCGACUGGGGGUCUACUCAUCAACACCAAUAAAUUCGACGUCCACGAUAUUGUCAACAUCAUCGGCGGUGGAGUCGAGUCGUCUACGGUAAACAUCAUCAACUUGGUGGGAAUAUCUGGGGAGAGGUUGAAGGUGCUGCCUGUUGAUGAUUCCAUAGUCGACCUCCAGGUACAGAUUACGGGGGCUGUCAACACGGCUGUUAUCAUUGAUGCUAAGGGAAUAACUUACAACCUGAUGGAUAAAGCGUCCCUGGAGGCGGCCGACAAUGUAGAGGUGGUCUCCUACACAAACACCUUCAGGGCCAUCAAGUGGACGUCUCCGAGCUACGGGCAGUGGAACCUCACUACCAACGGCCCGACCUCCUACAGCGUGGAGGUCUUCGCCACCUCUCCACUCGACUUCCUGGCCGAGUUCUCCGUGCUCGACCCCUCGCCCCCACACCCUCAUUACCGCCACGUCACCGGUCGACCUCUGAUGAACACCGUGUACUACCUGGAGCUGACACUGGUUGGGUACCUAGAGGGCCACGUGGACGAUCUUGAUUCGAUUUACUUCCUCGAUAUGAAAGGGUACGAACUACGAAACAUCAUUUACAGCGGCAACGUCAGCGAUCACAUGUACAUCCGCACCGAGCCGUUACCUGAGGAGUCAUUCUUCGUGUGCAUUACCGGCCACCUCAAGACAGGUAAGCAAUACGAGAGGGUCCAGGUGGUCUUGGUAACGCCGGUGGAGACGAGCGUCGAGGUGUGGGCCUGA